GCGCGCAUGACGUCACCCGUGCUUGAGAGGGUCCAGACUCCACUGCGCGCAGCAUCCCGUUUUAGCAACUAAAGACCACAGGAGCGGAGCCCCCCAUCCGCCCACCCCAAGCCCACUGUCCUCAGAGGAUGGCGGAGAGCGAGGCCGACACCCCGAGCACCCCCGUGGAGUUCGAGAGCCGCUACUUCGAGUUUGAGGGGGUGCGGCUGCCGCCCUUCUGCAGGGGCAGGAUGGAGGAGAUCUCAGACUUCUCCAUCCGGAGCAGCGACAUCUGGAUCCUCACCUACCCCAAGUCAGGCACCAGCCUGCUGCAGGAGGUGGUGUACCUGGUGAGUCAAGGAGCAGACCCUGAUGAGAUCGGCCUGAUGAACAUUGACGAACAGCUGCCGGUCUUAGAGUACCCACAGCCUGGACUGGACAUCAUACAGGAGCUGACAUCACCUCGCCUGAUAAAGAGCCACCUCCCCUACCGAUUCCUCCCCUCAGCCCUGCACAAAGGAGAAGCCAAGGUGAUCUACAUGGCCAGAAACCCCAAAGACCUGGUGGUGUCCUACUACCAGUUCCACCGUUCUCUCAGGACCAUGAGCUACCGAGGAACGUUCCAGGAGUUUUGCCGUCGCUUCAUGAAUGAGAAAUUGGGAUACGGCUCCUGGUUUGAACAUGUUCAGGAAUUCUGGGAACAUCGCAUGGACUCAAACGUCCUCUUCUUAAAGUAUGAAGACAUGUAUAAGGACCUGGGCACCAUGGUGGAGCAGCUGGCCCGCUUCCUGGGUGUUUCUUGUGACAAGGCUCAGCUGGAGAGCAUGGUGGAGAGCUGUCACCAGCUGAUCGAACACUGCUGCAGCUCCGAGGCUCUGUCCAUGUGCAGGGGUCGAGUGGGUCUGUGGAGGGACGUCUUCACCGUCUCCAUGAACGAGAACUUUGACGCUGUGUACAGACAGAAGAUGGGCAAGUCCGACCUAACCUUUGACUUCAGCCUGUGAGGAGCGCCGGACGUCACACCUCUCUGAACUGUUUCGGUCCUCCCACGUUGAAUUUAUCACGUCUUAUUAAACGUUUAAAACGAGCUCUGACUUUCUGGACAUCCACUGGAGGCUCAGGCGUCUACACCCCCAGGAUCAGCUGGUUUCUGGUCUGAUCAGCUUCACUGAACUGCAGCUGGAACAACAAACAGCAGUGGACCCCACCAGAACAUCAGGAUUUCAAACAGGAAGAGCUUCUCUAUGAACAGGAAGUGGCGUGUGGUUCAGUCAUCCAGUGUUCUAACUUCAUUGGGCCUGCUUGUGUUCUCCAAACUGGCCUGGUGAGGGAACAACACAGUCUAUUUUCUUGUUUUCUUUGAAAGUCUUGUGAUAUUUUGACCAGAACCAGAACUGGGUGAAUAAAGAACAAAGAUCUGGUGUUUUAGGACUCGGCCUCCCCCUCAGACCGGGUCAUCACAAUCAGAACACCUCAGACGUUACCUGAGUUUGAUUUGACUCACUGCAGUCAUGUGACACAUCACAGAGUUUCCUGGUUGGUCUUUCUGCUGAGUCUCAGAAGAUGUGUCUAAAACACGUAGAGACCUCUGCAGCGCUCAGGUGUGUUCGCUAACGGCUAAAGAAGAGCUACGAUCGUCCGCACAUCCGUUCAGUCUGUCCCUCAACAACUGAACUAAAUCUGUAUAGAAAUCUAAGCUAAAGAUCUAAAUAUUAGGGCCGGGAAUCGAUACAAAAGAUGAACUAAUUAAUCGCAAACUGGAAAAAUGAAUCAAAAAUGAAUCGCGAUUAAUCGUGAUAAUUUUUUGUUUUUUGUCUCACUAUUUGAAGAAAACUUAUUAUCUGUGAAUAUCACAGUAUGAAAUUAAACACAAAACUCUACAUUUACAACAUUAUUUUUAAUUACUGCUGUCAAUCGAUUAUAAAAGAAUCUGAUUAAUUACACUUGUGUGUUGUGAUUAAUCACGAUUAAUCACAAUGUUUUACCAGGUAAAAUUUAUUUGUAUAACGGAUCAGAUAGUUUGUUUUUUAUGAAAGAGUGAUCUAAACCACAAAAAGCAAGAAUAAAGUAAUAAAAAGCGAUUGAAUAUUUAUUUAUUCUGUUAGUGAUCAUGGUAUAAACGGGAUAAUAACCGACGAAAUGUUUUAACUCAUGAAUCCUGAACCACCGAGUAAAGCGAAGAACUAUUUCUUUAAUUAAUUUGCGUUAAUACAUAUUAACCCGUUAAUUAUUUUUUGAUUAAUCGCGUGCGUUAACGCGUUAAUGUUCACUGCCCUACUAAAUAUCCAUUCUUAAAAAUAAAAAUAAAAUAGAGAGAGAAAGGUUAUUCUGACAAUAGACUGACUGUUUAUUUCUCUAUGAAAGUCUAUGGGAUUUUGGCUUCUUGGAGCCAGGAAGUACUUCCUGUUUAGAACACCAGGGGGAGGAGUCACUCGGUCCACUUAAGUACAGUCAAUGUAAAUAAGCAGCAUAGUAAUGAGGGGUCAGGUACCCUUUAAAUGACUUCACGGAGCAAAAGAGAAGCACACAGAUGGACAGCAGAGGCAGAGUGAGACCUCUCGUCUGUGUUUGCAUAAUAUAAACUGUAUAGACAUCUAAAUAAAUCUGUAUUUACCACAAACGU